AUGGACCUCGUCAACCCUUCAGGCCCUGAUCCUUUUCAGACUCCCUCUCCUGCUCAGCUGAUGCCAUCACCAUCACCACUGGAUCUCACAGCCAGUGACAAUGACGCCUUCCAUCAACAAGUCUUCGAGUCCAUCCUCAGUCCGACACAUCUCACCUCAAUUCAUUCCACCGCCACACCCACUCCUGAAUCGCUCUUCACUCAAGCUCUUUCCCAGCCCUCAUCUCUCUUCGACUUGACGAUGCUCGAUGUGACGACUGAGCCCGUUGCUGUCCCAGACGCGACUACAACGCGUCCUGACACGACGGUGACUGACAAGGAACGAGUCACACCUUCUACCACUGAAAAGAAGACAUCAUCUGCACCCAAGCCUAACAUGACCAAGCGCCACAGUGUCAGUCGUCAGGCACACCAACCGCCACUUGUUACCCACCAACACCAUACCCCACCACCUUUUGUGUCUCCCUUGCUUCAGCAACAACACCACUCCCAUCCUCUUCACCAGCAACAGCUAUUACAGCAGCAGCGACAACAGCAGCACCAGCAACUUUCAGCACACCCCUCAUUCUCACACUCACAUAGCCACCACCAUCACCAUCAUAAGACUGGCUCGCUGGACUUGUCACGAACAGGACUCAAAAACUUCUUCCAACAGCCACAACCACAAACUCAGCAGCAGCCACAACAAAAUGGCAUGGUGGCUCAUGGUCAUCUAACGACAGCAGGACGUAUCAACCUUCCAAUGCAAGGAAUCUCUAGUCUUGCCACUAUUCUCGCCUCUCCAACACAACUUCCUAUCAAGGAGCAGCUCGAGCAAGACCAGCUGCUAAUGGAAGGGCCUUCUCAGGCCUCGCAACUACAGCAACAAGAGUCUUCGUUGGACCAUGAUCAGUUUUUCCCCCUACAGCACCUGUCUCUUCAUUCCAAUGGUAGUGCGACACUUGGUUCCGGUGGACCUCAGCGUACACAGUCUAGUUUGAAGCGCCGCCUAACCAAGGAUAAACUUAGCAAACAUGACCGCGAGGAAGUUUGGCCUUCAGAUGUCGAGACCGUGUUCUAUGAAGCAUUGGAGGUCAUUCCCAAGCUUGGACGCCGCAAAGUCCUUGUCGAUGGCAAACCAUGUGGCCGCAACGAACUCAUUGCCGAUUACAUUUUCAAGCGCACCAAUAAGAUCCGCACUCGCAAGCAAGUCUCUUCUCACAUCCAAGUUCUCAAGAACACACGCAAGAGCGAUACCGCCUUCAUGAAGCUGCUGAUGGAUAGUGGCGAUGGCGAGGACGAUUUGAAUAUCGAUGUCACUGGGACCGGCUACUUUUCAACGUGCGAGAGUCCCGAGGCAUCUCCAACAUCGCCUACAUCACCGAUCGGAUCGAGCCUCUUGGACCAACGACGCAGCUCGAUGACGGCCAUCCCAUCUUUUGGCUUCAAUCGCCAGCCACUUGCUCUGAGUUCGCCAUGUCAGACCCGUCCAAGAAAGCAUCGUCACACCCAAAGCAUGUCGUCCAUCUUUUCCGAGGCCCUGACAAGUCCUUUCAUCUCUCUGCCAAACCGCAACCAAGGCUCGAAUCACUCUGUCUACCAGCAGUGCGGCGGUACCCCGGACUCAGCCGUGUCGCUGUCCAACGAUUUGCAGUGGAAGAACAGCCCGACGGCUUUCACAUCUGGGUCUGGGUCAGAGGAUGGCACAUCUGACACGACCGCGACAGGAGCCGGUGCUUGCAGUACGUUUGGUCGUGAGGAUUCGGGGAUGGGAGAUUUGACGGCUGAGAUCUCGUACGCAUUCUGGCCAAGCGUCUUUGGCCUGUUCACAGAAUACAUCUCGGACAUGACCCCAGCCGUGCCGCAGAUGCAUUCUCUGGCCCGGUCGCGCGAUCUUGGUCAGCAGUCGUUUGGCAGUAUCAACGUCCACCAGCUACCCCAGGAAAAGUUCCCGACCCUGUACGACCUCUACCAAAAGACCAUGUGCACAUUUUUGUUCUUCAAGAUCAAGCUGGAUCUGAACCUGAACCUUAACGGCGUCUUUGGCAACACGUCGCUGUUUGAUUCGACGGAGGGUCGACUGGUGGAAUGCACGACAUCUAUUUAUUCCUUUGGGAGCAAGGUCCUCGAGGCCAAGGAGCUCAAGCAAGCUGCCGUGGUCGACAACAAGUUUGUUUACAACUUUGAGUUUGUCAACCAGUUUUUUGGCGCUUUUCUCAAUGGCAUCCGUGGCCUGACAACCUGGGGCGAGAUUGACAUUGCGCUCACCAACCUCUCGGUCGUCCAGGUCUUUGAGGACAAGGACACCCGAUUCGAAAACCCCGCACCGCUUCUCGUCAUGGCCUUUGACUUUGAGCGCGGGCAAGGCGAUGUCGAGACCUAUUUUAUCGCCGACGGAUCGGACAUGUUAGAGUCACUUGUUUGUUAG